AUGGCCUCGCUUUCAUCACCGCCGCCGCUCCUCGUCCACUGCACACCCUACUGCACUUCCGAUCCCGUCCUCGGACAUGUCCUCGUAUUCUUCAAUCCUCAUUCUUCAUCUUCCUCCACUUCCGUAUCUCGCAUAGAAGCUCAUAUUCUUACUUGCGCUGGCCUGCAAUCAUACCCGAAGCUUACACUAUCCCCUUCGUCCCCGUUAUACGUGGCCGUGAACCAUCUUCCGCCCCAAAAGCAGAACCAAGAGGUCUACAGAGGCCUCGCAAUCGCCGUACUAAAGUACUUCUCGGAGCUUCCCAAAGCCGUAAGGGAAACGAUCCUCAAGAGCAAAAAGAACAAUGUUCUACCGAAUGGGGAAGCCCAAGCCGUGGCUUUCGACGAGAUGCAUGCUGGGGACCUGGCCGCGCGCCUGAAGGAAUUGGAGUUGGAAAGUUUGCUUAGCGACCUUAAUUCCGCUUUGGCAGAGCGCUUCUUGACAUGGCUCGACAUUGACCUUGUGCUUCGCUCACCCGCGAACGUGGAGCCUGAUGCCGUUCCGGAGGAGACCGAAAGGUUGCUGGCAUUGUUCGGCGAACCCACACAUCUGCCUUUUACAAAGCUAAAGCGCGCGCAGAGUAGGCCGGCAUCCGCCAGGCCGAGACCCCCAAAGGAUUCUGCUGAAGGGAUCGAACGUGAGCUGGAACAACUGCGCAUAACGGAGGCUAGCUAUGUUGGGAAAUUGCAAGACCUUUCGGACAACUUGGUCAAACCACUCAGAAGUCGCGCCUCGCAGAGGAAAGGGGAUGGCGGAUUCCCUAACGGGAGGGAUUUGGAAGCAUUGUUUCCACCUUCGUUGGAUAGAAUACUCCAGCUUAACACGGCUUUUCUACAGGAAGUCGAAAAAGGCGGGCUCCCGGAAGUCGCCGAUUGCUGCUUGAGGAGGUUCCCUGAUUUCAAAGAAUCCUACGAGGAAUAUAUCCAAGCCAGCUCCGAAUUUCCCCAGCUGCUUGCCAAAUUUACCAAGGAUAGGCACUCUUCUUUCUCCAAGAGAGUCCAACAAGCCGGUGAGCAGAAAUUAAGGUCAAUGAUAAUUGAGCCUGUACAGAGAUUACCGAGAUAUACCCUCUUAAUUGACAGUAUCGUCAAUUUGCUCGCUUUCGAUGAUCCCUCCCUACCGAAGCUUAUCGACGCACGUGAGAUAGUCACCGAAAUAUGUUCACUCCAAUCUUCCGAUAAGGAUGAGCGCUCAAAAACUACAAAGCGUCUACAAUCCAUCGUGGUUUCUUGGCCACCCUCACUCCGACUCCCCGGACGACUAAUUACAGCAUUUGACUUCCUGGAUGUAUUACCGCCAUUCAAUGAUAAGACAUCCGAAGCUAUCCCUUCCACAAUAUUACUCUUCCCGGACCGUCUGAUUAUUCUACGGAGACCGAAACAUACGUCCAUGCAGGCAAGAGCGAUAAUGGCUGAAGUAGAUAAACCCGGGGGAGGAGGAGGUAUAAGCAAUUAUGGUAGUGGCACUAAGCGGGAAGGCCUAGGCUGUGACCUACAGUUUGCCGGUUGGAUGGACCUGGCCGACGUGAAGUUUGCCGAGAGUGAUGGGGGGGAUGUUAUUUGGAUGACUCUUGCCCGAGACUUGAAAGAUAGCUGGGAUGUGAGGGCGGGGGGGAUGGGGAUCAGAAGACUCAGGCUUCUCAAUGCCUAUGAGGGACGAGCGACCAAGUUAAUCGAAGACAUUGUGAAGGCUAGGCUCGAGGGGCGCGUAUUAAGUGGUAGAAAAGGACUUGUAGGCUUGAGGGAAACCAGGGUGGAGGGUCUAGGAUUGUGGGCUUGUGUCUGGGGGAGCGAAGAUAGAUAUACAACCGAGGGUAAAAAGGGGAGUGUGAUUGUAUACAUUGAUGACGGCGGUGGCGGCCCUGAGAGCCCGGGGAAGACUGGAAGGGAGUUGGCAGCGGAUAUAGGGAAGGGCGGUGUUGACAUAGCUGUUAACGUCGAGGCUAUGAUGGGCAAUAAGCUGAGAGUAGAGUUCCGCAGCUGGAACGAGUAUUCCUCGACUGAUACCGUUUCUCGCGAGGAGUUCCUGGCCGUGUUCACGAAACGCCUAUCUUCAAUCGUCAGACUCCACUCUCUACCUCAGCAUCCUCCUCUGACCGCACCCUUGAUGUCAGCAAACAGAAAGCUACUACGAUCCCUGGGUGUUCCAUUUGAUGGUGAAAGCAGGUUUAGUAGGCUCAGACCUCCCAGUCCUGUUAAGCUUCUUUCCUCCGUAUUUGGAAGUAGCAACAGCAAUAGCCCGAGUACCCCUGGAAGCCCCAGCAAAUCUAGGCAAUUAAUGGAUAGAACUCAAAACCAAAUGCUGCCGCCCAAGAUGCUGGACCGUAGUUCAGCAAUGCUGCAAAAGCGUUCGACAGUGCUCGGAAUAAUGGGAGACUGGAACGGUGAGCCAGAUGAAGGGGACCUGGAGAUUAGCUUGCAGAGCAUAACCAUGCCUAGCGAGAGCCCAUUGAAAAGGUUGGAGGAGACCUUCGAGGCCUUUGUGAAAGCAUUGAAGAAACUCUCAUCCGCCGACCACUCGGAUUUGAUGCCUCUCAGGAACAUGCAGGGUAUAGAUGAUGCAGCUGUAGAGGAAUUCCUACGAGUGAUGCUCGCUGGCCCGGGGGCAGCGAGAAAUGAUAAGCGGAUGGGUAUCGAUAUUGUCUUUGACGCUUUUAGGAAGUUCCUGAGGAGGGAAUGGAAAGAUGGGAUGGGGAGUGUUAUUGACGGCAAAGGACUCGCUGAGCUCCGCUCGAAGAGCGAUACACUCUAUCCUGGCGAUUUCGAGGAUUUUUUCAAAAUCUUUGUCCUUGAUUGGGCUCCCCAGAAUAAACGAGCUUUCAAGACGCUGGUCCUGCUGUUAAGGAACAUGCAGAAUAAGGUUGAAAACCCCGACGGCAAAGGUCUCUUGACUAAAGCUUUCACCGAGCUCUUGGUCGAGGAUGAAGACCCAUUGGAGUUCAUGCCUCUUAUAGACAGACUAGUCGAGGAGGCAGAUAAUCUCUUCAUAAUUAACAACGGGGAAUUCAGUCUCCCCAGCGGGAAUGCAGUUCUUAGGAGAAACAAAUCUAUUCACGCCGGCUCGAACUACUCCACCGCAUCCCUAAGGAAGCGGUUUGGCUUAACUCAUACCUCCUCCACCCGUGAUCCGAUUAGGGGAGAACAGCAUGGUGAUCCACCAAAGGGUGCCUCUGUCUGGAGAACUUUGAGUAAAAAUUCCCGCAGAGAAGAACUGCAGAAGGGCCAUAUCUCGAGGUCGAAAUCGACAGACUAUGACACCAGAACAUACCACUUUCCAAAGAGGCCGACACCUCAAGACCGCCCAACAGCAUUUUCCACUUUUACGCCCCUUCCACCUUCACCAUCACCGCCAAUGCGUCCACUUUCUGCCACCUCCGGGCCUACCCAUCUUUCCAAUGGCAAGCCUCUGCCGUCCGAACCCCAGGUCCGAAAGAAGCGAAGAAGCUCCCUGAGCGAUUUGACGACCCAUCGUGACUACCAGCAGAUUUUGCCGGCCCGAGUAAGCCCUGAUCUUGAGAAGAUGACAACCCCGACAAAGCCCGGCAUUAGCGGGCUCAAAGACAUCGUGAACCACAGGGCAGAAAGCCCAAGUCCUUCCCAACUACCGAAACCAAUCGGGGGAGGGACUCUGAGCCGAAAAAUGAGUAAAGACAGAAGCGAGAUACCCGUUAGGAAAUCGCUUGGCAUGUCUGGCUCCCCCGGCCCUCAAAGGUUAAAGAUGCAAAGCACCCAGAAACUGAGAGAGCGCCUUCAAAACGAGAAGCAGGCGAUUACAAUGGUUGACCAGAGCCUUCAGCGCGAAAUUGAUAAAAUCGGUGAAGAGCUAAGUCUCGCGACCAGGGUUUCUUCUCGUGGAGCCAAGGAACUCACGAGUCGCCUUGAACAGGUGGAAGCUCGCCUUCCCCAGAUUAAUGAGCUCAAUGCCAAGUACGAGGCACUCAAGAAAACCUCUGAUGCGGCGUUAGCUGAGAAGGAUAGAGAAUUAGAGGUCUUAGACAAGAACUUCAAUGACUGCUUGAACGAGAAUGACGUAAUGUUUGAGAAGUUCAAUGAAGAGCUGGUCAAAAUAUCUAGCGGUGUCAAGGCUGGGAGAGAUAUUGAGCUAUUGAAGAUUUUGCAAGAAGUGAGGGCUGAGCAAGCAAAGCUGAAGAGGGACAACAUGUAAGUGUCGUAUUCUCUGGGCUUUGUACCCCACUAUUGAAUAACGCUGACGGAGAAUCAAAGGAAACUUAGAAGAGAGAACAAUUCGUUGAGGGCGCAGUUGGGAGAUAAUUGAUUAUCUUUUUUUUUUUUCUUUCCUUCCUUCUUUUUUUUCUUACAGAUAACACGGCUGGUGACGUUUCUCUAUUUCAUUCCGAGAGAGUCUUGCUUUUUUCCUUCGGUUUCCC